AUGGUUGUGGGAAGGCUGAUUUUAAGACUUCUGCGGGCACCUUCCAGUGCCAUGGCCCAGAGUCCGCUAAAGGGUGCGUCCCCCUCCAGGGGCAUGGAUCGCGGCCCACGGAGGCUCUCCAUCGAAGGCAACAUUGCUGUGGGAAAGUCCACCUUUGUGAAGUUACUCAAGGAAACUUACCCAGAGUGGCACAUCGCUACAGAACCUGUAGCGACAUGGCAGGAUAUCCAGGCCCAGGCGACUGGCACCCAAAAAGGAUGUACUACCCAAAAUCUUGGCAACUUGCUGGAUAUGAUGUAUGGGGAUCCUGCACGAUGGUCCUACACAUUCCAGACAUUUUCCUUUAUGAGCCGCCUGAAAGUCCAGCUGGAACCCUUCUUUGAGAAGCCCUUACAGGCCAAGGAGCAGGUUCAAGUCUUUGAGAGGUCCGUGUACAGUGACAGGUAUAUCUUUGCAAAGAAUCUUUUUGAAAAUGGUUCCCUCAGUGACGUUGAGUGGCAUAUCUAUCAGUACUGGCAUACUUUUCUCCUCCAAGAAUUUGCCAGUCGACUCAGAUUACAUGGCUUCAUCUACCUCCAGGCUACUCCCCAGGUUUGUUUGAAGAGACUGCACCAGAGGGCCAGGGAAGAAGAGAAAGGAGUUGGACUGGGUUAUCUCGAGCAGCUUCAUGGUCAGCAUGAAGCCUGGCUUGUUCACAAGACAACCAAGCUCCACUUUGAGGCUCUGGUGAACACUCCAGUGCUGGUGUUGGAUGUCAAUGAGGACUUUACUGAAGGAGGAGCCAAACAAGAGGAACUCAUGAGGAAGGUAAACACCUUUGUGAAGAAUCUGUGA